AUGGUUCUUGUAGCAGAGACCGAUGAGAAGGUACGACUACCUGUCACAGAACAAUGUCCGAUUACAGAAACUUUGGAGAAGAUUUUCAUAAAAAUUGUGCCGGUGAACUUUCAGUUUGCCUUCUACACCAACUGGACUUCCAAACCUCGGGUUCUGGAGGUAGAAGGCAAAGAUAACACGAAGCUACAAGUCGGCUUCUGUUCGUGCUUACACCAGACGGCGGCCAGUUUCAUCACAUGCGAGUCCGAAGAGACGAUAAACAGAUCGUUAACACUGGAGUUUGACGCUGGAUUCUUAAUCCAGACGGCCACAUACGGCAAAUGUGGUGGCAGUAACGGCCGUAAAAACUGCUAUAUGCAAGCGGUCAAUUCCGACGUGAUUUUUAUUAUCGACGACACGUCGCUGUACACAAAAGUGAAGUUUGAUAACAAAUACAAAGAUUCUUGGGAAAUCUACGAAAUUCAGCAAUUGAAGGAUAUUUUUCAGGAAAUUAACGGUUACCCACCCAUAUGGAACGAAAUUGAAUUUAAAGAUUUUCCUCUCAACGUAGCGCCAACUGUAAGCCAACUAUCUUCUAUUAGCAUAACAUUUGAAAUUUCAUAA